GGGGCGCUCGAGCUUCUCCUUGGUGCUGCACAACGAAGAAGAGUCAGCAUUGUAAACACAAGGAUAUGGCUGACGAGAGGGCUGCCGGAGAAGACAACAUUAACGACAACAUGGGGAACCAGCUGCAGCUUUUACCAGAUAAUGAGGAAGAGGAGGAGGAAGAUGACAUGGAGACUGAAGAACGAGACAGUGAGGGGACAGAGAAGCACACCACCAUCACCUUCGAUCCCAGUCUUCCCACAUCACAUUCUUACCUGGGUUCAGACAUGGAGGAGUUCCACGGCCGUACAGUCCACGAUGAAGACAGCUGUCAGACCAUCCCCGUGCUGCCUCACACCGCUGUGAUGCUGGUGCCCGGCCAGACGUUGCCUCUGCAGCUUUUCAGGCCACAGGAGGUCAGCAUGAUGCGGAGCAUCAUCCAGAGAGACCGCACCUUUGCUGUGCUCUCACACAGCAGUGAUGCUGGUGAGCCGGACGCAGAGUUUGGGACAACAGCUGAAAUCUAUGCAUACCGAGAAGAGCAGGAGUAUGGCAUUGAAACUGUCAAAGUGAAAGCUGUGGGAAGGCAGCGGUUUAAGGUCCAUGAGAUAAGAACUCAAGCAGACGGGAUCAGACAAGCCAAAGUACAGAUCCUUCCAGAACGAAUCCUUCCAGAUCCCCUCUCUGCCGUGCAGCUUGCACCCCUCUCCAGGCUCAACAUGCACCCCUCCUGCAAUCCCCCGACUCAGAGCUGCCAGCAGGUCCAGCGCUGGUGGAAUAAGUACCAGCAGAGGAAGUUUCACUGUGCCAGCCUGACGCCAUGGCCACCCUGGGUCUACGCACUCUACGACUCUGAGUCGCUCAUGAACAGAGUGAAGAAACAGCUCCAUGAAUGGGACGAGAACCUGAAGGAUGACUCCCUCCCUACGAACGCCGUAGACUUCUCCUACAGAGUAGCGGCCUGUCUGCCCAUAGACGACGCUCUGCGGCUCCAACUGCUGAAGAUCGGCAGUGCCAUCCAGAGACUUCGCUGUGAGCUGGACAUCAUGGACCGGUGCACAUCGCUGUGCUGUAAGCAGUGCCAGGACACAGAAAUCACCACAAAGAAUGAGAUCUUCAGCUUGUCUCUGAACGGCCCCAUGGCUGCAUAUGUCAACCCUCAUGGUUACGUCCAUGAAACGUUGACCGUCUACAAAUCCAACAACCUCAACCUGGUGGGCCGGCCAUCCACGCUGCACAGCUGGUUUCCAGGCUACGCCUGGACCAUUGCUCAGUGUCGUACCUGCGGGUCUCACAUGGGUUGGAGGUUCACAGCCACCAAGAAGCACUUGUCUCCGCCUCGCUUCUGGGGUCUGACCCGGUCAGCGCUGCUCCCCCGUAUCCCUCAAGGCGAGGUGGAGGAGGGGAGAGAGGGCUCUCGCCUCUUCUGCCUGUGACAACGCACGAUCAUAUAUCGUCAAAAACAACAACAAAAAACCCUACAGACCCCCAAAGCCUGAAUCUCAGGCACUCUCUGGCUACAAUUACUGUCAGUAAUCAAUGCAUCACACAGCAUCUGUCACCCUUGGCAGUAAAUCCAUCAUAUUAGUGGAAAGGUCACUAAGCUUUUAAAUGGCACUCAAUUUAGACCACGAGAGAGCUAUUGUCCUUAAAAGCUAUUGAGAACUGGAGGCAGCAGUUAGCCAACUAAAUGCAUUUAGACAAAACUAGAAAAAAAAACAGGGCAACAACAGAUUGGUCCAUAGCACGUUUUAGAAACCUAGCAUGCAGCUGGCUCAUCUGCACCGGCUGAUUCCAUGGUAGCUGCAGACACAACACAACAUAAGCUCUGCUUAAUGCAUCAUUUCCCUUCCACUAAUUUCCUCUGUAUGAUGUAGAGGUUUUCUGCGUGCAGUUGAGAUAGAGAUAUCUGGCUGAUAUGUUUCUGACAUAAUUUGAGCUGCUGUGGGUCAGUAGAGGAGAUGAAAGGGGACUUGUUUCGAUAUGGAUCUGUUAGGGUAUAUUUUGAAUCUUGGAAUCAUAUAGAAUGUAUUUUUAUAUGCCAGAAGAUUGGAAAGUGGUUAUUAUCCCAUCAAAAACGGGUUGAUGCCAAUGUCCCUGAAAUAAUCAGCUUCUGUUUUGUAACAUUGUGAACAUUAGAGAAAACCUGGCGUCUAAGGGAGGACUGUUUUAAAAAAAAGGUUAAAGUGACUUAACACAGAAAGCAAGAGAAUUCAUUUUUAUUUAUUUUGUUCAUAUUGUAUGGCAUUUUAAGAUGUUGUGCGUACGCCCCAGAAUCGUUUGACAAGCUAAUUAUUCAAUGAGCUACAGAGGUGAAUGAAAGAGUGUAAAUGAUUAAGAGAUUUAUAUUUGUUAAAAGGUGUUUUGUUGUGUAGUGUCGCAGUUUUCAGGAUUUUACAUCUUGUGAUUCUUGUUGCAAGGUGCUGGCUCAUGUUUGUACAAAUGUAGCUGUAAAUGAGAGGCAGUUAUAGCAUUUGUUGUGUAAUAUAACUGUUGUUCUACAGUUGUAGAAUUGGAUCCUUUAUUCACACAUAUCUACAUGUCUUAGGGAAAAGAAGGAAAAACCAACUAGUAAAAACAAUCCACUAGAAGUGAAGAUGUUGGUCCAUAUAUUUAAAUGUUUUGGGAUGAUUUCUCAAACGAAUAGUAAUACAUUUUGUCAAUGGGUUUCAUAACUACUACUAAAAAGGCAGUAGUUUUCAAUUAAAAAACAAUAUAUCAUGUUAACCUUAUUGCCUAAGCAGUAAGUCAUAUGGGUGUACAGUCCUGAGUUUUGUCAACACUCUGUGAGGCUAAAGGAUAAUGACUUUGUGGUUUCUUGCAGGGAUUGUUUCAGAUUCAUCUUUUAAUUUAUCUCAAUGUUCUUGUUAUCUUUCCUUAAAAACAUAUUUCACAUUGCACCCAUAUAACACUGUGGGACUCUAUCAGCUCUAUCAGCAGCCACAAAGGGUCUUAUUUUUUUUUUUUAAUUAUUGAAAUGCAGAGAGGAACACCUGGAAAUGGACUUGAAUGGACCUCCUUUAAUUUAAAAAAGAAAAAAUGUAUUUCCUGUUUGACCCUUCAGCAGUUGCAUAUCAACAUUUUUCAUGAAGAAAGAUAUCAGGUAUAAUCUAAAAUGGUGUGUUAAUGCCUCUUUUUGAUUAUAUUCUCUGUAAUACUGCUUAUUCAAUGUUCACCAGGCUGUCAGACUUUUAUUCACCUCAAACAGUAAAAUAUAUGCUUCAAAGAAUAAUUGAAAUACCUGUUUCCAAAGAAAGCUCUUUUCCCCAUGACAAUCAGUGUAUAAAAGAGUAAAAUAAACAUGCAGUUCUCCUCCUG